GUGCUGUUGGCAGCAGCAGUCUGCACCAAGGCGGGUAAAGCCCUGGUGUCACGGCAGUUUGUGGAGAUGACACGGACAAGAGUGGAGGGUCUGCUGGCUGCUUUCCCCAAACUGAUGAACACCGGCAAACAGCACACGUUUGUGGAGACUGAGAGUGUGCGCUACGUCUACCAGCCUCUGGAGAAGCUCUACAUGGUGCUGGUCACCACCAAGAACAGUAACAUACUGGAGGACCUGGAGACACUGCGUCUCUUCUCACGCGUGAUUCCUGAAUAUUGUCGUGUCCUGGAGGAGAGUGAAAUUUCUGAGCACUGCUUUGACCUCAUCUUCGCCUUCGAUGAGAUUGUUGCCCUCGGUUAUAGAGAGAAUGUUAACUUGGCCCAGAUCCGGACAUUUACAGAGAUGGACUCUCAUGAGGAAAAGGUGUUCCGUGCUGUCAGAGAGACUCAAGAGCGCGAGGCUAAGGCAGAGAUGAGACGGAAGGCUAAAGAGCUUCAGCAGGUACGGCGUGAUGCCGAGCGUGGAAAGAAGGGGCCGGGCUUUGGUGGUUUUGGCAGCUCGGGCAUGAGCAGCAGCAACACAGCCAUCACAGACACACUAAUCGAGGUCGAGAAACCCAAACCCACACCUGCACCUGUCAGGUCCAGUGGUCCAAGUAAAGCACUUAAACUGGUUGGCAAAGGUAAGGAGGUGGAUGAAUUUGUGGACAAACUAAAGUCAGAGGGAGAGAAUAUCAUCUUGUCCAGCACAGGCAAAAGACCAUCAGAGGCAUCCAAAUCUCUGCCGCCUCCAACCCACACAGAGAGUGUGCAUAUGCGAGUUGAGGAAAAGAUCACUCUCACGUGUGGCCGUGACGGUGGCCUUCAGAACAUGGAAGUGCUUGGCAUGAUUACCCUCAGAGUGUCUGAUGAAAAGAAUGGGCGAAUUAGACUGAAAUUCAGCAAUAAUGACAAGAGAGGCGUGCAGUUGCAGACCCAUCCAAAUGUGGACAAAAAACUUUUCACAGCAGAGUCUGUGAUUGGUCUGAAAAACCCAGACAAAUCCUUCCCCCUGAAAAGUGACGUGGGUGUGCUGAAGUGGAGGCUACAGACGACAGAUGAAUCUUUCAUUCCACUAACAAUAAACUGUUGGCCCUCUGAGAGUGGUACUGGCUGUGAUGUAAACAUUGAGUAUGAGCUACAGGAUGAAUGUCUGGAACUCAAUGAUGUAGUCAUCUCUAUCCCUGUACCGUCAGGGGUGGGAGCUCCUGUGAUUGGUGAUCUAGAUGGAGAAUAUCGCCAUGACAGCAGACGGAAUGUCCUGGAGUGGUGUCUGCCUGUGAUUGAUGUGAAAAAUAAGACUGGUAGCCUGGAAUUCAGCAUACCUGGCCAGCCCAAUGAUUUUUUCCCUGUCAAUGUCUCCUUUGUCUCCAAGGGCAGCUACUGUGACAUUCAGGUCAUUAAGGUGUCUCAGGUGGAUGGGGACAGCCCGGUUCGGUUCUCCACAGAAACGUCAUUUGUGGUCGACAAGUACGAAAUACUGUGAAAGGAAACAUCACUAACAAAAUUCCACCCCACUUGACAGAGGAGCAGAUAAAUGGACUGAAAACAUUCAUAUAAAUAAAAGAAGGGAGAGACAUACAAAUGGAGGGACGAUGCAAUCUUUAUCAUCUUCAGCAGUACUUUUAACAGGAUUAUUCUUGUUCUCAGUUUCAUCUUUGCUGGCAAUAUUGGCUCUACUUGUACCCAAUAUGGUUCACAAAGCAACCAGUCAGCAAGGGUUGGGGCUAAAUGGAGACUGCAUUGAAAGGAGGGAGUGGGCUGGUGGAAAUUUAUUCAUUUGAAGCAAUCAUGGCAGUAUAUUUUUGAAUUGAUGAUUCAUACCUCCACUGUAAGGGUCAAGUCAUGUUGCUUGUCUUUUCUCUCAGUUUGUGGUUUUCUAAAGAUUUAUUUUCAAUGUGCUGCAAACUGACUUUUUUUUUUAAACACUAGAAGAUCGUUGUACCUUGCUUGUAAAGGCCCUUUCGUCCAUUUCAUAGUCAUUGUUUUGUCUCUUUCUUUGUCAUUCAGACUCUUUGUUUUGUCUAAAAUAUAUAUUUUAUCUCCUGUUUCUGUCUGCUGUUAAACAUCUGACAUGUUUAAGAUGUCUGUGCUUGGAUCUUUGUCUAACUCUUGACUGGCUCUCUGUUCUCCUGUUUUACAUUGUUUUGGUGUAGUAUUGCCAACCUUUAAGGAAAUGGAGCCUGUAGUACAUUUUCAGAAGUUUGUUUUUAGUGUAUCAUGGACAUUUGAGGGCAAUUUGAAAAACUAAUUCAAAUUAAAUAAUUUAAAGCCAUUAACUUGUAUUAAAGAUAAUUGUUUUCAUUCAAGAUGACAACAUUGCAGUCAGAAAAAUGUAUUGCUUUAAAAAUGAGAGCUCAGUCUGCUUUAAAUCAUGUUUUCUAUCGAAAGCAAAAACUUCAGGCUUGGACUUUCAUACUACUAGAAGGCAACCUGCUCCCCAUCUGAAAUGUGUUGUUUGUAGAUAGAGCCCUUCAGUGGAGGAUCAGGAUCAUGUCUGUCUCUUGACUGUCCGUGAUUGUGAGUAGGUUUUCAGGGAGGGACUUCUGGUCUCCUAUCAGCAUUAUGAGUGGUUCCCAGCCUGCCGAGCCAUCCUCCCAAACUUUAGUCUCAACCCCACAUGGCCCCCGCUAAAGAAAAGAGGUCUCCCUUGCUGUCUUGGUUUCCAGUAAUGGCUUGAAUGUCUCUGCACAUUUUGAUGAGGGGAAGGGCGUAUAAAAUGUUUUUGUUUAUCUUUUUUCAUUGUUUUUCUUUUUCUUUUCGGUUUUCAUGGAAUCAUAAUGAGGAUUGGGGAAUGGUAUAAAGACAUCAGAGAUUUUUUUGUAAUCUUGUAAAAUAACGAAUUAGGGAUUCAUGAUGAAGAACAUUCCAGUGUAAACUUAUUUUAAAAAAUCAUUAAAGUGUUUAAAAAGGAAA